AUGAUGGAAAUCUUUGUUGCUUCUCAAACGCAACAAAAUAAGGAGUUUAUGAACCAUAACAUCCACACCUCAGAAUUAGUGAAACAAUUAGCAACUAAAGUAGAUGCUUUGGCUACUCAUAAAAAAAUGUUGGAAACUCAAAUUUCUCAAGUAGCCCAACAACAAGCAACUACCGCAGCUCCAGCUAGAACUUUCCCUGGUCAACCUCAACCUAACCCGAAAGAGGAAAAAGAUGAAACCAAAGAGGAAGUUGAGAAGGAGAAACCAUACGUGCCUCCACCACCAUAUAAACCACCAAUUCCUUACCCUCAAAGACUAGCUAAGUCCAAAACCGAAGGACAAUUCAGGAAGUUCGUCGAACUCUUGAAACAACUUAAUAUUACCAUCCCUUUCACCGAAGCUAUUACAUGGAUGCCCUCAUAUGCCAAGUUCCUAAAAGAAAUCUUAUAUAACAAGAAGAAACUUGAGGAUGAUGAGACAUUGACGCUUAACGCAGAGUGUAGUGCUAUCAUUCAGAAUAACAUGCCAGCUAAACUAAAAGAUCCUGGCAGUUUUUUCAUAUCCUGUGUGAUAGGGAAGUUUGUAAUAGACAAACCCCUAUGCGAUUUAGGAGCUAGUGUGAGUUCGAUGCCCCUUUCCAUCUGCGAAAGACUUAAAUUGGUAUAG